UUUCCACAGCAAUAGAAAGAGCUAAGUUGCAAAAAAAAAAAAAAAAAAAAACAGAACAUGAAAAGGCAGAGGAUCAGUAAUGGGGAGGAGAGUGUUACUACUGAUCAUGCUGCUGCUGCGACAGGGAAUGCGACGAGGAAGAUGAUGAGAAGCAAGGUGGUGGGAGCAGAGCCUGAUCAUCGUAACAAAGACGGAGGAGGAGGAGAGGCCACCAGUAAUAUUAAUGCAGCUGCAGCUACAGCUACAAUGGGUAAUUGUGCUUCUGCUUCUGCGGUGGCGCCGGCGGUGGAGAGGGGGUACUACAACUACUUGUACAAUGGAGGUGAAGCUGAUCAUCGUCACGGCGGGGUGCUGGAUUACGAGCAAAUGUGGUGGAGUUCGAUCUGGCUCCCCUGUUUCGACGUCGACCACUACAGGGUUGAUGAUUAUGCUGCUGCUGUGAAUGAUUGUGUGUUGUGGGAUAUUGAUGAUAUUUGGAAUUUGAAGAGCAUCAAAUACACCGAAUCAGGAAUUUGAACGAGGGGAACUUAUUUGAAUGGCGUAGUAAUUGGAGGGCUAAUGUCUUACCAGCUACUCUCGAUCUGUCACCGAAUAGUUGAUAAUUAGUAACCCUCAUCUUCAGAUCUUAGUUAGCGCUUCAAUGGUUUAAUUACCUGAGUCGAUCUGUCAUUUUUUUUGCUCACCUAAUCUUUAGAUUUCCGCAUGAUGCACUUGUGUGUUACUGUUUAGUCCUACGUUACAGCUUAGCUUUAUCUGAAUAAAUAGUUUAGCGGCUC